UUUUGCUAUUACACGUCAUUAAAAUCUACGACCUAUUAAAACCAUGGGUUCCUAUAGCGCCGGAGUACCGUUCCACAUCGACUACAUCAAAAUUUUCGAUGGUUUUUCGCCAACUACGCCUCCUCAGAUAUCGCCUGUGGAGGAACAGGAAAAGUAUCUCCAUGAUGCCUUGGGGGUUGUCAAAGCCCAGGCGUUUCACAUGAAACGCGCCCUUGACAAAAAUAAAUUGAUGGAGGCCCUAAAAAAUGCAAGUGCUAUGCUCACAGAACUACGCACCUCUUUGUUAUCCCCUAAAAGUUAUUAUGAACUUUAUAUGGCAAUAACAGACGAACUUAGACACAUGGAGCUGUAUUUGGUUGAUGAGUUUCAAAAAGGUCGCAAAGUUACGGAUCUCUAUGAAUUGGUGCAGUAUGCUGGAAAUAUUGUACCUAGGCUAUAUCUGCUUAUCACUGUUGGUUUGGUUUAUAUUAAAACAAAUUCAUCUCUCAGAAGAGAUUUGUUAAAAGACUUGGUGGAAAUGUGCAGAGGAGUGCAACAUCCCUUGAGGGGCCUCUUUUUAAGAAACUACCUGCUUCAGUGUACCAGGAAUGUGCUACCAGACUCUCCAGAUCAAGAUGGGGAAUGUCCUGAGGGUACAGUGAAGGAUUCGAUAGAUUUUGUGUUAAUGAAUUUCGCCGAAAUGAACAAACUAUGGGUGCGCAUGCAACAUCAAGGCCACUCUAGGGAACGGCAGAAUAGGGAGCGUGAACGUGAGGAGUUACGCAUCUUGGUUGGUACCAAUUUGGUGCGACUUAGCCAACUUGAAUCUGUUACGUUGGAAAAAUACCAAAAGUUGGUUCUACCAGGAAUACUAGAACAGGUCGUGAGUUGUAGAGAUGCAAUUGCUCAAGAAUACUUAAUGGAGUGCAUUAUUCAAGUGUUUCCGGAUGAAUUUCACAUUCAAACAUUGAAUUCAUUCUUACGGUCUUGCGCUGAGCUAGAAGCUGGUGUAAAUGUGAAGAACAUUGUUAUUAGUUUAAUGGAACGCCUUGCCGCAUUUAGCCAGAGGUCAGAUGCGCUGGGAAGUGAAGGCGUCAGUAUCUUACAAGAGGUCCAAUUAUUUGAAGUGUUCUCUGAUCAGGUUUCUCUCAUUAUCGCUAACAGACAAUACUUGCCUCCAGAAGAUAUGGUCGCUCUACAAGUUGCCUUAGUGAAUCUGGCUUUGAAAUGCUAUCCAGACCGCAUUGACUACAUAGACAAGGUCAUGUUGUCCAGUGUUGAAGUAUUUCAAAGGCUCGGUUUGGAACACCUGGAAUCGAAUUCGUCAGUGGCGAAGGAAUUGCUCAAAUUAUUGAAAAUUCCUCUGGACAAUUACAAUAAUCUCUUAAUAAUUCUAAAACUGAAGCAUUAUGCUGGCUUGAUGCAACAUUUGGACUACUUUGGCAGGAAGUCACUAAGCAUUUACAUCCUUAACAACGCCCUAGACAACGAGACCAUAGUACCUUCUCCAGAUGAAGUGGAACAAGCGCUGACCUUGCUUGGCACUCUGGUAACAGACAAAAAUGAAAAUCCCGGUACACAAGUGGAUCUUGAGGAGCUCGCUGAAGAACAGUGUUUGCUCGCCAGAUUCAUCCAUCAACUUAGAUCGAACGUGCCCGACGAUCAAUACCUUAUGCUUACCACUGCCAAGAAGAUAUUGAGUACUGGUGGUCCAUUAAGGAUAAAAUACACCUUGCCUCCUUUGGUAUUCCAAGCAUACCAACUGGCCUACAAGUACCGCGACAUGAAAGACGACAAGUGGGAGAAAAAAUGCCAGAAAAUCUUUCAGUUCUGUCAUUCCACAAUUACGGCGCUUGUGAAGGCGGAACUGGCCGAUCUGCCUUUGCGACUUUACCUUCAGGGCGCCCUCGCCAUCGACAAGAUAGGCUUCGAUAAUCACGAAACUGUCGCGUACGAGUUUAUGUCGCAAGCCUUUUCGCUGUACGAAGAUGAGAUUUCGGACUCGAAGGCACAACUGGCCGCCAUUACAUUGAUUGUGGGGACGCUGGAACAGAUCAGUUGUUUCUCUGAGGAGAAUUCGGAGCCGUUGCGCACACAGUGCGCACUGGCGGCCAGCAAAUUGCUUAAGAAACCAGAUCAGUGUAGAGGCGUGGCGACUUGUACGCACCUGUUUUGGAGUGGCAAGACAUUGGCCAGUAACCGUGAAGAAUCUCACGAUGGAAAAAGAGUGGUGGAGUGUCUGAAAAAGGGUCUAAAAAUUGCCCAGCAGUGCAUGGACAUUAGUGUACAAGUUCAAUUGUUUGUUGAAUUGUUAAACCAUUACAUAUAUUUCUUUGAGAAAGGCAACGACCAGGUUAGUGUUCAAAUACUCAACCAAGUGAUCGGAAAAAUCAAGGAGGAAUUACCCAACUUAGAAAGUUCAGACGAAACUGAACAGAUUACCAAGCAUUUUCAGAACACCAUAGAUCAUAUUAAGUCUAGGAAGGAAACUCCGGAGGCGGAUGGGAUAUCUUACGACGGCAUUGAAAUAUGAAGCGCAUGACUGAAUUUCAAUUAUUAGUUAAUAUGGAAUUGUAAGUAAAUCAUUGAUUAUAUUUUUCCGGUUGAUUUAUUUAUAUUAUUAAUUGUUGUAUUUAUAUCAUCAAUAUAUGUAUAUUAUGAAUUAUAUAAUUUUAACACAAAUAUAUAUAGACAUGUAAUUAUUAAAAUAAAAUAUUCAUAAAUCCAA